CUAGCUUCUGGGCUGUGCAGGCUUCCGGUUGAUAGUGCCGUGUGUUAAAGUGUGUCUGGCCAUUAUUAUCACGAAGUUAUUCCAUAGUUAACUUGCGUACUUAGGUCGACAUAAAGUAACCUUGCGUGAGUAGCUCAUCGGAACGGGCGUGUUUGGGUUACGUGAAUAGCUUGUGGUUCGGUUUAAGAAAGAAAGAUGUUUUUCAAACGUGUUACGAAACGUGUAACAACAGCUCCGACCGGGAACAAAACAUAACAACAAAGAUAAAGAUGAACCAAGUAUGAACAAUAGACGGCUUAUGUAACACGGAGGCAGCGCACCCCAAUUAUACGCACAAUAUUUACAGCGUACAGAAGAGUUAAUAUUGCCGUGCCUUUAGCAUCGAUAUUGCCUUCAAGAGUAGUUUCAAGUUUAUUAAUCACAGCAAAGAGACGACAGAAGAAGAAGCAAGCAUUAAGGAAAUGUUCAAGUUCAUCCAAAAAUAUACCAGCCUUCAGAUAGGCCAAGUGACAAUCCUCUGCCCGUAAUGAUUUCGGCUCAAAUAGAGCAAGUAGCGGCUAAGCGGCAUCAGCCUUCCGUAACAAACCUGUAGAGAUUGACGACUUGGCCGACUUAAACUAUUUGUAUCUUGCCUACUACUAAAUGGCCGUAUCUAAUGGCUGUAACAUUACCGAGCAGCCCGAACAUGUAACGGAAGACGUCGAUCCCGAGCUGGUGUUCCGUUACAGCUCAUGGGUAACGUCAUGGCUAGUGGUUGGUUACGUCGGCGUUCUCGUGGGUGGUCUAGUAGGCAAUGGGUACGUCGUCGCGGUCGUGCACAGCGCGCCUCGAAUGAGAACAACGACGAAUCUUUUACUGGUGAAUCUGGCCGUGGCCGAUAUGCUUGUUUUAGUCGUGUGCGUGCCGGCUAACCUAAUUGCGAACAUUUUACUACCUUGGGUUCUCGGAAACACGAUGUGUAAAUUAGUAGCGUAUCUUCAAAACGUAACGGUCAGCGCUUCGAUUAACACGCUGAUUGCUAUCUCUAUUGACAGGUAUAUGGCUAUUUGCCACGAUCCGCUCCGAUGUCAGCCAAUGAGUAGUUGCGCGGUACAGCGGCACAUUGUAAUCAUCUGGGGUCUGGCCAUUGCGACUAUGUUACCUACUAUCGUCUACCAAAACCAGUAUAUUAAUGAGCAUUAUGGGGUUCCUAUGUGCGGGUUGACGUUCCCAUCACAAUGGGUCGAACAGGUGUUUUUUUGUCUAGUCGUUCUACUGUGCUAUGUAUUACCGCUGCUAUUUAUUUUGUUGUCGUAUUGCUUCAUCUUUCACACGGUCUCAAACCGCCAUAUGAUUGGCGAGGAGACGACGCCUCGGCUGACCGAGACUUCUGGCAUAGCGCGGGCUAAGAGCAAUCAACGCAUGCUCAUUGACAAAUCAAAAGUGAAAGUGCUACGUAUGGUCUGCGUCGUUGUGCUCAUAUUCUUCCUGACAUGGGCACCCCUCUACCUCAUCAACGGUUACAUUAACCUGUUUGGAUAUCCUCGUCAUGGAGAUGAACUCGAAAGUUUUGUCUUUACGUUGUACCCCUUAGCUCAGUGGCUCGGUCUCGCUAAUUCAGCGGUAAACCCUCUCAUAUACGCUUACUUCAACAAGAAGUUCCGUCAUGGCUUCGCGGCAUUCUUGAAGGCUACGUGGUGCUUUGGGGUAUUUAGCACCGACCCCAAUGGAUCUGCUCGUUCUCGUUCGAGCUCCAUCCCUCUGUCCACAUACCUCUCGAGAAGAUUUACCAUAGACCAGGGAGCUGCGAUGAAGACUACGAAUGAACAGCCGAUUAAUCUUCUGUAAAUAUCUUCAAGAUGUAAAAAUGAGCUAGUGCACGACUAAUUGGACCGUUUGUUGCCCGACAGGGGCGCCAAAUGAUGUCUAAUUGUGUCGUCUCCUCGAAUUCGCCUAUGAGGCUUAAACAGGACCGCAAGAUGGCUGCACAAGAAAAGCUGCAUAAAUUCUUUACCAAAUUCAAUAGGCUAUAUUUAUUAUAGAUGAAUGCGAUAUUGUAUUUUAAGUAAAAUAAUUAAUUUAAAUUCAGUGUGUGCACAUAAUACAGCGUUUCCUCCUUUGGCCGUGGUGAGCCAGCCGGCUAGAGUUUAGGUGUGCUUCGUAUCAGAUGCAUGCUCUCAAAGGCAAACUAAUACAAACGUCACACUCUGAGUGAGAAUCCGCACUAGCGUGAGUUAAUUCUAUGGGUCGCUAUAAAACAGUAAUGAUUUAUAAGUUAGAAAUGUUCUCGCCUCGAUUGAUCGCAACUUUAUAGAGGAUGUAUAAAUGAAUUGAAUUCAGUGAAAAGACACAGGAUGUUAGCAUCGAUAUCGUACCAUUCCUCUUACCGAAUAGCACCGCGCUGUAUUAGAGUAUAAGACGGCCGAAAGAUCUCAUUGACCAAGCUGGUUACUGGUAAGAAUCAACCCUAUAGCUGAUAAGCGCAGACGAAAGGACAGCAUGUUAAUAAAACGGCUGAAAUUUCUAAAUUCUGCUUGGAUCGCAAUCGCGUGUCAACUAUUUACGUGUUUGACACACAUACCAGAAGACGGUAGGUUGCAUAAGAUCACGUUAGUAUCUUGAGAUCAACUGAAGAUGUUGGGGUGGCCUAGGCCUAUAGUCUUGCGAGCAGAAACAAAUCAUUCGAACCCGAGUAAAAAGCCAGUAAGCAGAAUCGCUCUGCUUUUUGUUGUCGAGUAUAAAACUUCACGUACAGUCUCACAGAGUAUUUUGUUACUAAUGUAAAAGUGUAGUCGAGUCGAAAACACGAGUAAGCGUGUCUAGCGUAGUAGUAGCGUGUUCGAAUAUGCCUGAACACGAAAAAUCUGAUUAGGCACAUAAGAGCUCUGUUCUUUAUUUGUUCUGAUAGGCAACAGAGUUACUCUACAGGUGGUGCUGCAGUUAGCCAUAUCGGUGUGUAACUCAUUAGCAAUCAGACUCGUCAACAAGAUCCAUUAUUGAAAACGAGCAAUAUAGUGUCUAUGAAGGAAUGGAACACAAGACUUGCCGAUACGAACGUCAAUGACGAGUAGUAAAACAAACAAUUGCGCUUGCUAAAGACACGAAAUUAUAGUAUACGGAUUAUAUGCGUAUCUCGGCCAUAAACGCGGCGCGACGAAAGCAAACAAAUAUUCAAAUCUAUAAAGAAACAUAUAUGGCUCUGUAAAAAAAAAGGCACACAUUCGCAGACUGAAAUCUAUUCGCUCGUGAACGGUAUACCACAGGAUAUAAUCUUGUAUGAAACAAAUAUGCUUAUGACGGAUCGGAUGAACGCCUUUAGGUUUUACGGUUUAUAUCAUAUACGCCUGAUGGAUAGAGCUUACACAAUGGUUACAACGGUACAUGUUUGAUCAUCGUACAUCAAUAGCUCCAUUGGUCUACAAAAGUAUUAUGAAAAAUAGCUUAAAUUCGAUUGCCAGGCCACAUUAAGUAGGACCAGAUUUCGCCGGUAGACUAUACGUACAGAUAUUUAAACGGGAAAGUAAAAGUACUCAUCAUUUCAAUUAUAUCUACAGAUUACUUACGUGGACAAAUACAAGUGCAACUAGACUGGUUGAGAGAAAAAAAUGCUCAAGAAAACGACGGUAGAGGUAAAGAUAUGCUAUAACAAUGAAUAAAUUUGUACAUAAGCCUCAUUGGUACCAUAACGGCAUUUAUCGAUUAUUAUCUUUUACGUCUCAUAUAAAGUGUUCAACUAUAUAUAUAUAUGAGUAAUUCGCUGUAACUAGUUGACCGUCUUAACUUCCACAUAUCAGAAGGACAUGUAGCACUCAUUAUUACAUGCGCUUGCAGCUUAACGUUAAGUAGGCAGA